AUGUCUAAGAUCCUAGCGACAGGCGCGAGGGCCGCCUUAAGUGGCGCCAGAAGCAAUGCCAGCAUCACCAAAGCUGCUCGCCCGGUGAUGGUCGCAGCGACCAAGACCACAAAUCAGAAGAGGAACCACUCUGCCUGCUGCGGACCCAACCUUCGAAGUUAUGCCACCGUCAGCGAUGCCAACUCGGCGCAGCAACAGAACCUCUCCUUCGUACUUGAGAAGCAGGGCAAGGUCAAGUUCGAGGAUCGUCCCAUUCCCAAGCUUACCUCGCCAUACGACGUCCUGGUCAAUGUUAGAUGGACUGGUAUCUGCGGAUCUGACGUACAUUACUGGCAACAUGGCGCCAUCGGCGACUUCGUCGUCCGCGCGCCCAUGGUCCUUGGUCACGAAUCCAGCGGGACAGUAACAGAAGUCGGUGACAAAGUAACCAGCGUCAAGGUCGGCGACCGAGUGGCAAUGGAGCCCGGCAUCCCCUGCCGACGAUGCCCACGCUGCAAGGAGGGAAUGUACAAUCUUUGCGUCGACAUGCGCUUCGCCGCUACUCCACCCAUCGAUGGCACAUUGGCGAAGUAUUAUGUCCUGCCCGAGGACUUCGCGUACAAGCUUCCCGAGAACAUGAGCUUCGAGGAAGGCGCUCUCAUGGAGCCGCUCUCCGUCGGCGUCCACAUCAACAAGCAGGCCGGCACCAAGAAUGGCUCCACCGUUGUCAUCUUCGGUGCCGGACCAGUCGACAUCAACCAAGAACGUCUUGACUUCGCCAAGAAGUACGCCGCGACCCACACCAUCGUCUCGAAGAAGCAAUCUGCCGCCGAGACCGCAGCCCAAAUCAUCAAAGAAUGUGAGAUCGUCGAGGGCGCCGAUAUAGUCAUGGAUGCUACUGGCGCCGAGCCAUGUAUUCAAGCCGGGAUUCACGUUCUUCGCGCUGGUGGCACUUAUGUGCAAGGUGGUAUGGGCAAGCCGGAUAUCAUGUUCCCGAUCGGCGCGGCUGGUGCGAAGGAGCUCAAUAUUAAGGGCAGCUUCCGGUACAAUGCUCACGACUACGAGACUGCCAUUGGUCUUGUGACUAGCGGUCGUGUCAAUGUGAAGGAGUUGGUGAGCAAGAAGGUCAAGUUCACGGAUGCCGAGGAGGCUUUUGAGGAUGUGGCUGCUUCGAGGGGUAUCAAGAUUCUGAUCGAGGGUGUGCCGGAUCAGCGUGCGUCUGCAUCUGCGUAA